AUGUGGCUUCGGGCUGAGGGUUUUCUGGAGCGAGUCCGAUCCUGGUGGGCAGGGUAUGGAGUGGUCGGCACUCCUAGUCAUUCUCUGGCAAGCAAGCUGCGUUUUUUGAAGAAGAUCUUAAAAUUUUGGAACAAAGAGGUUUUUGGUAAUCUGGCCUGGAGGAAGAAUCGGGUUCUAUCUGAGAUUGCUGAUUUUGAUAAGAUGGAGAGUCAGGGUCUUUUGACAGUUCCAUUAAAGCGUAGGAGGGCGGAGUGUCAGGCAGAGUUCGCUGAGAUCGCUGUCAUGGAGGAGAUUUCAUGGAGACAGAAGUCUAGAGCUUUGUGGCUCAAAAAAGGCGACAAUAACACAAAUUUUUUUCAUAGACUUGCCAAUGCUCAUAGAAGGGCUGGUUGGUGUCCUUUGCUUGAUGGGCUUCACUUUGACUCUAUUUCGGGUGAGGAGUUGGAAGAGCCAUUUUCAGAAGAGGAAGUCUUUUCUGCUUUGAAGAGCUAUAAUGGGGAUAAAGCCCCUGGUCCUGAUGGUUAUUCUAUGAGAUUCCUCUUGGAGUGUUGGGAGGUGGUUCGUGAGGAGGUGAUGGGCUCAUUUCACGCCUUCCAUGUUCAGGGCUCUUUUGAGAAAAGUUUAAAUGCCACUUUUAUUGCUCUUAUUCCGAAGAAGGGUGAGGCAAUGGAUGUUUAG